GAGAUCAGAAAAACGACAGCGCGAUAAAAAUUAGUAUUGUUGCACUUCACAAAUUAAUGACCAUGAGUUCCUACUUGAUAAACUCCAACUAUAUCGAGCCUUCCUUUCCUCCCUGCGACGAAUAUCAGCAGAGCGGAUAUAUUCCCAACCCUGGUGAUUACUACGAGCGACCAAAAGAUACGGGCUUCCCCCAUCACGACGAACCAUCCUAUCCGAGGUCAAACUACACAGAAACGGGCUAUGAUUAUGGUAACGUUCCCACCACCGGACUCGACGAUUUCGGCGAUGGGCACCACGCACAACCGCAGCCAGUUCCACAGAGCCACGGUCCUCGUCUCACCGCGGCACCAGAUGGUGGCGCAGGGGCAAAUGCCAGCAAAGACUGCAGCCUCGCCAGUGAGGUGUAUCCCGGCGUAGCGAAGGGCAAGGAACCGGUGGUCUAUCCUUGGAUGAAAAAGGUCCACGUUAGCACCGUCAAUGCCAGUUACAAUGGAGGAGUGCCCAAGAGGUCUCGCACUGCCUAUACCCGCCAGCAGGCUCUGGAGCUGGAGAAAGAGUUCCACUUCAACCGCUACCUGACCCGGCGCAGGCGGGUGGAGAUCGCGCACACCAUGUGCCUUUCCGAGCGUCAGGUCAAGAUCUGGUUUCAGAACCGGAGGAUGAAGUGGAAAAAGGAGCACAAGCUUCCCAACACUAAGAUUCGCUCCUCUAGCUCGGCCUCGUCUUCAGCCUCCGGGGCCCAACAACAACAGCAGCAGAUCAAAACAGGCCAACAGCUUGUCCCCACGCCGUGCACUGUAGGUCUAUAGUGCAUGAACCCCAAACCCCGAAAAAAACCCAAACCAGACUGAGAUGGCAAACAACACAAGUGGAAUUUGAUGGACCGAUUUUCAGUAUUUUACACAUGGUGUUAUCUCUGUCACCUUGCCUCUGCCAUUGGGCCCCUGUCACGUCCUUUGUACCCUUUUCCUCUGCGGUUGUCCUCAUCAUAAGCUUGAAAUUCACCUUUAAUUGCCACGGUGGCAACUGAAGUGUUUAUAUAUUUGUUUAUUAUGAAUAAAUCCAACGCACAUUCAGACGUAGGACUUGGAGCAAAGUGUACCUAUCAUUGCAGUUAAAAUUGAGUGAGGUGAAAGUAAGUUUGCGCUCAUUUUUUCUAUGUUUGUUUCAGUUUUUUAUUACUAUUGCUCAUGGAAAGUUCUAAUAUACUUGAAAGAUAUUUAGCAAGACUUUAGAUGCCUGUUAGAAAACCGGACGGGCUGUUUUAGAGGAAUGGCAUCAGUCAGGGCAGCAGUGUAGUUUAUGUGUUUGAGUGGGUUGGUUUACUGUUGAAUGUAGUCCAGGUGACUUCCACAUCUAAUGUAAAUAGACAAAUCCUACCUAAUGAAGGCACAAUAAGGGAAGUAUUUCGUCAAUUUGUUAGUGUUGUAAGGUUUAGUUUCAUUUGUGCUAGUGCGUCCUCUGUUGUGCUGUGUUCUAAACUGUGAAUAUUCGUGUGUGUUGUCUCAGUAAUGACCGUUGUAAUGUAUAGGCUAGUGUAGGUUAAUCAUGUCUUUGUGAAAUAAAUAUGUGCUUCACUUACAAGGCUGACAUGGUUUUUAAAAUUUUCACCGUCUAUAUUGAUGUCAACUGAGUGCAAAAGCAUUUUUUAAGCCGUACUUAUUUGCGUGUGUGUCUGCGAAUUGGGUGCCUUUGCUUUAAUGAUAAUAAUUUCUAAAGAUAAUAGAAGCUGAAACCAACAAUGUCACGUCAAAAUGUGGAACAGUUACGCCGAUCCACGGUGCAAAACGAAACCAAUAGAAGUGCAAAAAACGUAUUGAUUACUAAAAAUUCUGGAAUAAAAAUAUGUUUAUGUCCAGUGUUUAAAAAAUAAAGAAAUAAUGUAUUUAUUUUUGCAUUAUAUGAACCGUGUUAAAAUUGU